AUGCAAGCGAGCCAAGGCCAGGGCCUAGAUCCAUCAAGCGACACGGACCAGAUUACAACUGGCGAGUCGAGACGAGACAGGGGCACAGAGAGAAAAAGUGGCAGGGUUGUCCUUGCUCUUGUCAUGCUCAUCGACCCAGAUCACCGCAGGUGGGAAGACCGACAAGAACCUAAUCCUCUAGGGCUCCAGCUGGCUGUAAAUCGAGCCUGGCAACUGGGUGCCAUCAGUCUUGAGUUUCGCUGGGCGCGGAACUCUAGGCUCGGUUCACACGGCGCCAACAGCCAUCUGCGUCUCCGCUUUGCCAGUUUGCGACUGAUCACAGCUCGACCUGUCUUGUGGGAAACCCUGACACGCAGACAGGGCACUGCCAGCUUUGGUGGGGAGAGUGUAGCAGGAUGA